ACAAGAGGCAGUUCGCUCCAGUUUUCGUGGAUUGGUUUUCUCUAGAGAUUUCAGGCUCGAAAUCUUAUCUGCCGCAAUUCCAGGAAGCUUGAGAUUGCAGAGAAAUGGCCGCAGCCAAAUCUCCAUUUCAGAUAAUAUUAGGUUCUUCGUCCAUGGCUCGCCGGCGUAUUCUGUCGGAGAUGGGAUACGAGUUCACUAUAAUGACGGCAGACAUUGAUGAGAAAGCGAUUAGGAAGGAAAGGCCUGAAGAACUGGUGGUGGCUCUGGCUGAGGCAAAGGCAGAUGCAAUUAUGUCAAGAAUUCUAGCCACUGGUGCUCAACUGGACAAUGAUGCACCUGCAACACUGUUACUCACUGCAGACACAGUGGUGGUCUAUGAAGGAACGAUUAGAGAGAAACCAUCUAACAAGGAGGAAGCUCGAAAAUUUAUCAAAGGCUAUUCUGGUAGUCAUGCAUCUGUUGUGGGUUCUGUACUCAUAACCAACCUCAAGACAGGAACAAGAAAAGGGGGAUGGGAAGAGGCAGAGGUUUAUUUCUAUGACAUACCAGAGGAGAUUAUAGAUAGCCUGAUUGAAGAGGACGUUACAUUCAAAGUAGCUGGAGGUCUGAUGUUGGAACAUCCACUGACUUGGCCGUUAGUUGAGGCAGUGGUAGGUUCAACUGACACAGUGAUGGGACUUCCCAAAGCUCUUACGGAGAAACUCAUGAAUGAUGCUUUAUAGCUCGCUGAGGUAACAAAAAAGAACUUUUAACUUUUGUUACUUCAUGUUACCACGGAAAAUUAGGUUUGAGAUUCUUAUUCUUGUUGGCUGCUCAUCUUGGACAUAGAUGUUAUAAUCCUUCAACUAUUUUGAUGUUCACAAUUACUCAUCUUUUACAUCGAUAAAUAUGAUGACGAUUUGUAAUUUUGUUUCACGAAAAGGAAAAGACCGUACUUUUUGAAAGAA